AUGCCUGGACAUCUUGGUCAGAAAGUUCUCAAUGCUCUUACUGGAGGUCACUCCAAUCAUCCUCCCGGCCAGAACCUCCCCGGUCGCGGUCUGAUCAACGAGGAUGAGCGCCCAUUAUCGUCACCCCCCAAUAGAGGCACCUAUCCCCGCCUGGCCCGCCUCUCAGACGGCUCCAUUCUAUCCUCCUUCACUCAAUUUCCGGAAAAUCAGCGGGCACUCUGUGUCGCACGGAGCACGGAUAAUGGACGAACCUUUGAAUUGUUGUCUGAGGUGACCCGGGCGGCAGGAGACGUGGAUAAUAUGUUCUUGUUGGAAGCGGCUCCCGGUGUGGUCCUCGCAGCGUUCCGUAACCACGAUAUCGGUCCCGAUGGCCCAUCACAUUUCCGUAUCACCGUUUGCAGGUCGAUGGAUAGCGGCCGUACGUGGAAGUUUGCCUCCCAGGCUGCGGAAAAGAAGCCUCCAUUUGGCAUUUGGGAACCCUUCAUGCGACUAGGCCGCCGGGGAGAGGUUCAACUCACCUACUCUCAAGAGUUUGCGCACAACAACCAGUGCACUAUGCUCAUUGUCUCGCAGGAUCAGGGAAGUACAUGGACCCAACCAACCUGUCUCCACGGAAAUAAUGAUCCCCUCCGGGAUGGUAUGAACGGUAUUGCGAAAACCAUUGACAAUGGCCGUGAGGCCCUCGUGAUGGCAUUUGAAACUACCCGGUACGGCCCUUUCAAUAUUGAGGCACUCAUUUCCUACGACGAUGGUGCAACUUGGCAAAAGCGCCAUGAAGUUUUCCGCCCAAAACAUGGACACAAUGCAGGGUCUCCCCAGAUUGCCUCUUUCGCAGACGGCUCCCUGGUGGUCGCCUUCAUGACGGAUGAGGACUCUUCCCAAGUGGAAUGGGUCAAACACGCCGCAAUCAAGGUCGUAUUUGCCGGCCCACCUCACAACGGACAAAUUCAGUGGAGUGCCCCCUCGGUGGUGUCUCCAGCUUCAAGUUUCUGGCCUGGCGUCAUGGCCCUGGAUCACCACACCGCACUGGUCACCUAUGACCGCGGAGGACCUCUAGCCAAAACGGUCACUUGGCAGCCCCGAUAG